UACGAGGGUCUUUGAAAGCACCGAAUUCUGUCCCACAAAGUUAGCCAGCAUUAGCAAUGCCGUUAGCCGCCGAUAGGACAUCUCAGCAUCAGCAUCACCGAUUCUCAAUGACAAAACUCACAUCGACCUUGUUUCCACGAUAAAGCUACAAUAAAACAUUUCAUUGACAACAGAUAAAGAUGAGUCGCUCCUCCUUGGAUAACAACAACUUUCCCUAUGACAACAAUGUCCUGGUUCUGGACAUGGUGCUGGGUUCCCUCGUGGGACUGGCCCAGCCAAUAGAUUGGGACAGUGUGGUAAAGCUCGUGCCAAGCUUCACUCCCAAAGAGUGCGCACUUCGCUUUGAGGAGCUGAAAAGUUGUGGAGGUUUUCCUCAUAUGGACGAUCAGUGUAAUGCAAUCACAGCAGGAGUGCCCUCGGAUGGCGGGUCAGCCAUACUGGACACGAGUCAAGCUGCCGGGGGAAGAAGUCAUCACAGUGCCUGUAAAGGCCGCCAAUCAACACUCUCAGGAAGUGUUUGCACUUUAGAGAAGAACGACAAAAGAGUCUCGAUCGAGGAUGGUGACAAACCUCCGAAACUAAGAGAUCCCAACAUGGUCAUCCAUGUGUGUGACGAGACCAAGAACCUGAAGCAGGAUUUCACAUGUCCCAGAGAUCUUCUCGUCAAAGAGAUGCGCUACUUUGCUGAGUAUUUGUCCGUGGACUCGCAGAGAUGGGAAGAAGUGGACAUCUCGGUUCACUGCGACGUUCAAAUCUUUGACUGGCUCAUGAAGUACGUCAGGAGGAACUCAGCUAAGGACAAACCUCGACUCGAGCCCAGCAAUGUGAUCUCAAUCCUGAUCUCCUCCGAGUUUUUGAAGAUGGACACCUUAGUGGAGGAAUGUGUCCAGUUUUGUCACAAACAUAUGAGCGCCAUCGUGGCCACGCCCUGCAACAUGAACUGCAUCAACAGCAACUUGGUGUCACGAAUCGCUGAGCUCUUCAACCACAACGAGGCGGACGACAUCAGGGACAAAAAAGAUAAAUUUAAGAGCAAACUGUUCCAAAAGAAGAUCGAGCUUCUCUUCGACCCGAACUACAAGAACCGAGAUUCCCCAAGAAAUGCUUCAACUCUCUACAGGUGCGGUCUGUGCUUGAAGAUGCUGACCAAAGAUACACAGAAGAAGACUUCUUGUGUGCCAGAAAAGAUCAACAUUGACACUCACGGAGAGAUUGUCUACGCACACUCAAAACAGAAGAACUGGGAUGCCAAUGAAUACAUUAGUAGUCUUUACGACGAGUUAAAAUCAUGGGUUCUGGUCUACUGGAGAAUCUGGGGAACCAUCAACUGUCUGACCUGCUCCCGUUGCCAACAGGAGUUUGUAUGUGCUGAGCUGACCCACUGCCGCUACCACCCAGAAAGUGUCAGGUACCUUAGCACAGGGGUGGACAAAAGCUGCAACGGGAUGGGCGUCUACCCCUGCUGCAACCAGACGGUACUACGCUUUGACCCGAGCGGCAUGCCCAAGGGUUGCAGAGUGCGCGACCACAUUGUGAACGUGCCGAACGAAGAGGACUGCGACGAGGCCACCUCGGCUCAGACCAGAGUCCUCAACGACCUCCUGUUGCACAGAGAUGCCGUGUGUGCGUGUAACUCGCCACCUGCUGAUAGGUGCGUCAGAAGUGAAGAGCGGCCAACCAAUGUCGCAAAAGAUUGUGAUGCCCUCUUGCAGCCAACUCUGCUCGGAAUCCCAAGUGGGGAAUUCCAGACUUUUUCUCUUUUGAAAAACUGGACUCUGCAACUGAGGCAGCAAUCUCUUCUGUCAGAAGACGAGGAGUACACCACAGGGUCAGAGGUCACGGAGGAUGAGGUGGGGGAUGAUGAGGAGUCGUCCAAGAAGCAAGCUGCCAAGAAAGCCAAGAAGAACAGCAGAGUUCUUAAAAAACAAUUGUCCUCGCCAAACCUCCAGCGAAAGGUCAAGCCGGACAAAUCACAGACCAGAGACAACACUCCUUUCAUAGUAACCAUCCAGAAAAGUAAGUGGGACAGUUCUCGCUCCAUGCGGUACAACCAGGAUGCUCAAAGAGAAGAAGAUCAGCGUCGCAUGGUCGAGAUGAUCGACUACCUCACCAAGAUGCGCUUUGGAGACCAGGAGCAAAACAGAUCCAAGGACACAAAAGAACUAGCAGGUGGAAUCUACGCCAGGUUGGAGGCGCAAUUCAAGAAUGCUACUCAAAACAGACACACCUUUGACAAGACACCAAGAACUAAAAUACGCUAUGCUCAGAUCCGGACAAACGUCGAGAAGUGAUGGCUUAGACCGCACCGUAAUCUAAUAAUGUGAUCCAGGCAUGUCUGCUUGCUCCACGGUCAAAUAUGGACCUACCACUCACCCCCACUCCUUUCACACCAAGCGGCCAUCUUCUGCUUAACUCAGGUGACCGUGCAGGGAUCAGCACGCCUUGCAAUUUGUUUAUGCAGCUGCAGUCAGUCAUUGAAAAACAGGCACUCCCUGGACCUGGCUCAGCUUGGAGGAAGCGUGUGCUCUGAUUAGUUCCAUUUCUCAUGUUUUGCUGGAGGAUUUAUUUUGGGACCACAGACAAGGGUGCAGCUUGAAAAAAACA